GUCCGGUGGCAUGCCAUGUUCCUGGAUCUCGAUCCCAAAACGAUCGAAGCUUCCUUCCCUCUCCCCCUACCAGUCCACCCGCUCGACCCCGCGGACCUAGGGUUCGCGCCGCCAGCCGGCGACCCCGCCACGUCCCGUGCGCCGGUGACCACGCCCCGUCCCGUCCGCCGCUGCCCCGUACCGUCGCCGGCGACCCGUCGCGUCCGCCGCCGCCCCGUACCGUCGCCCGCCCCGCCCCGUACCGUCGCCCGCCCCGCCCCGUCAGUUUCUGUCAAGAUGGGGUUGUCUUCGGCCGCUGAGAUCGACGGGGCGCAGCUGUGCAUCUUCGACCUGAGGAGAGGGCAGCAGGAGGGGCAGGAGCUCGACAAGAUCCUCUUCUUCCACCCGGCUGACUGCCCCAUCCUGCUCCAGCUCUCCGUCAUUGGCCUCUGCGAAGGAAUCAUCACUUUCACAAGAAUAUUUUCUCCAGAAGAUGACUGUGAGGUGAUAGAAUCUGAUAAACACUGCCACGUUUUUUACCAAGCUGAGCCAGAUAUUUGGAUGGUUCUGGUGGUGCAGAAAAUUAAGGACAAUGAAUCAACUUUGCGCUUUGGUGCAUUGCAAGGAAUACUAAAAGAAUCUCAUUCACUUUUCGCAAUGUUUCAUGGACCAAUUCGAACUUUACUUGACAGACAACCAAGUGCUGAAUUUGCCCGUGGUCACCUCCAUACAUUUGUCACAGAUUAUUUGAGCGAUUUUAGUGUUGGCAAAAAGCUACAAUUGCCAACCUACCGUGAUAGCCUAACGGAGCGGGGAACAGUCCAAAUGCUAACAGUCUCACGAGAAGUGGCACUUGAAGUUCAGUCACUCACCACAGUUCUUGGGUCAUGUCUUCGAAACGUAAUCUGCCAAUCAAUUGUAUUAUUUGAGGACCUCUUGGUGUCUACAACACUUCCCCUGGAUGAUACGUUAAACCUAUACACUUAUGCAAUCCUGCGGUUGACUCCUAGUGCUUUAUCUUCCAACGGGAAUUCAUGGUCCUAUUUGCGGAAAGGGGGUUAUGUUAAUGCUGACACCACUUUAAGUUCGGCAAAUGGAGCAGCUGCAGCAGAAAGGUACAAUAGUCGAUCUCGUGACACUUCUCCUGGUGGACAAAAUCAGAUGCACCAUAAUUUCAGGCCUCUUCAGCGUGAGAAAUUGUCCAAGGGAAAAGAUGGUUUUGUUGCUGCUGACUUUGCAACUACAGAAAUUCGUGGUGCUGUACCGUUGAAUCCAAUACUGUGGUUCCAUCAGGCAGAGGAGCGCAUGUAUUUAUGUGUUUAUCAGCAUAAGAACCUUACUAUCUUGCUAGUGAUUCCAGCUUCCUCACUGAUAAAUGGAGAAGAGGGUAUUGCUCAUGUGAAGAGGCAUCUUCUUGAAAAUGCCUCACAGAACAUUGUCACUGUUGAACAAAAAUUAUCACGAGGAUGGGGAGGAGAAAAUGCCUAUCAUGUCGGUGGAUACCGUUAUAUACUCUCUGAUCCAAACAGAAAAGUAUCAAGAGCCUCCCCACCUGGGAAAGUCAUCACCCUGUCAAAGGAUUCUCUACUUGCCCUCAACAGGCUAAGAGGAGAAAUAGAUCUAGAGAAGUCAAGAGCUAAGAGGAGUGACCCUACCCAUGACAAGGAUUAUGAAGUAUGCAUCAGAGCGAAAAAUAAUGCAUGGAUUAUUGCUAAAAUUUCUCGAGGAAAAGAACUCUAUAUGGCUAUAGAGAAGGGCGGCGAAACACUUCUCUAUGCAUCUACAGCUGUUGAGAAAUUUAGCAACAGGUAUCCGAACUGAAGUUGUGACUAAGAAGUACUCCCUAUGUUCCUAAAUGUAAGACGUUUUGGCAGUUUAAAAAAUAUAAGAUGUUUUGGCAGUUUAAUUUCUUAUAUUUAGGAACAGAGGGUGUAGUAUAUUGCAAGACUUGCCCUGGCAGUUAGAAAAUUUGGUUGAUUAUGUGCUGUCGUGCCUGAUGAAAUCAUGAAAGAAUAUCCUCCUAUUUUAAUGCCCCAAAAUAGACCUGCUGUUUUCUUUCUAAAUACUUUUGUUUGAGCAGACUGUCAAACCUUAACUUCUACUACUACCUCUGUUUCUAAAUGUAAGACGUUUUGACAGUUUGAUUUGAACUGCUAAAACGUCUUAUAUUUAGGAACAGAGGGUGUAUUUGAAUGGUACUAGUGGAAUUCGGUUUGUUUUUUUAGUACGAAGUUGAUAUCUUAGUUAGGGCAGAAAGCCAGAAACAUAUCUUACCUGACCUGGCUGAUUAUGUCCUCUACUGUAAUUCCAUGGCACUCUACCUGAGUUGGUUUUUUCCUAUUUACCAUGUUGCAUAUAUAGCAUGAU